CGCGGCAAUAGAGGGACCGAGCUGAUCAGUCUGCGCGAGUCCGUCGAGCGGUGAGCGUCUCGUCACCUCCGAGGAUCUAGUUUUCCACUCGGCUCAGCCAGUUUCUGUUCGUUCGGCUCGCCGCGUCCCCAAGCGUCUCUCCUCGCCGAGGUAGCUGGUAUCCUCGAGGCCCGGUGUUCCGGUCGUGAACAGGAAGAGAAUUAUCGGUGCCGGAGCGGCGGCCAAGCUGAAGCCAACAGGGACGAAACUGAACCGUGCCUAGAUAGUCGAAGGUUCGUCAGCUGACGUUGCACUUCCAAGAUGACGUCGGGGAGGGAAAUCUACGGCGCAUUUAGCCUGAUCGUGGACGACGUGGACUCCCACUCGAUAUCGAGCGAGAACUCGGACAUGGACGGUUUGUCGAACGACAGCAGCGCGAAGAACUCGUCGACCCAGACCCCGAUGGACAGUCCUGGAGGGCCCAGGGAGAGGAUCAAGCAGAUGCAGGUCGAGGCGGAGACCAGGAGAGGAGAGUUCGCGAGGUUGCUCGAGGAGCACGCUCAGGUCGUCAGAAUGCUGAAGAUGAUGGAGGCCGAGGAGUAGCCCUCGCCGAGCGGGAACGUUGCGAGAGCUACGCACGCGUGAUUCCAUCCUCGAUCGGGCAGAAUCCUCGAACGGUUAGGAGUUAGGAGAGAGAGAGAGAGGGAGAGAGAGAGAGGGGGUGAGAGAGAGAGAGAACGUCCCUCUCUCUCUCUCUCUCCCUCUCCACAUCGCCGAAUCGGACAAUUUUUUCGCAAAUGGUUGUGCGCGAGUACAAAAAUACCUGUUCGACGCCGGCAACCCUCGUCGCCGAACGAGCCGACGUAACCCGUAUUUUUCCCCGACAAACCCCCACUAAUGUCACCACCGUUUAACCCCCUAAUUUGUCGGUGAGGCAACAGCGGGCGAGAACUUGUUUAGACCAUGCACCUUAGUUGACGCGAUGACAAGCGUGUAGCCGAUCGAAGCGGAAACGAUCGAGCACAGAAACUCGGAGAGGUCGAUAGCCGAUCGAUCGCUUUUCGGGGCUGAUAACGCUCUCGAACGAUCCCUUUUCGGCACGGUCUCGUUCGGUUCAGCGCGCUUCUCCGAUUCUCUUCUCGAGUAGCCGAAGCACAGGGAUCAGCCUUAGCGAAUUCUUUUCUUACUUUCUUACUUUCUCUCUUGGUUUCUUUAUUUCCUUCUUUAUCCUUCUCUUCGCCUUUCUUUCGUGAACGCAAGCCUCCUCUCGCGUGAUUAGUUCGCCCUCUCGAUAAACCGAUGCCCUUUCGUUUUUCAACGAGAAGUCUGACAUACUUCUAGUUACGACAAUAAUGAGGAACACUCGGCGUACGUUCGUAAAAUCUCGGGACAAAAAAAGGACUAACGUGUUUCAUGUACAUACGGCGGCGCCAGAAAAUGUUCACGCGUGAAAUCUCCGAUUUUCGACGAACUGUCGAAUGCUUAAACCGCUACUGAUCUCGUGAGAACGAGUCGUACAACAAUGAGAAUUAACGAUUAAACGAACGUUACAACGGUUGGCGUAUCGACAAUUUGCGGAAAUCUGAGAUUUCGCGUACGAAGACUUUCUGGAGCCACUGCAUACGUUUACUUGUGCGCAGCGUGCCUGGUGCAACUGUAAAUUCCAACAUCUUGGAUACCUCGCUCGUUUUUGACGAUAGAAAGAAAAGUAUCCGAGGAAAAUAUUAUAUUCUCUGCCAUGAAAAACAAGCGAGACGUUCGAAGUACAUACUUUGUACCCGAUCGUCUGUGUAACUAUUGAAGAUACAAGACAAGUUUCUUAUUGGCAAUUAAGCAGCGUAGAGAGGUAGCAUAAACCGUCAGGAUGUCAGAUUUUUUUAUUUUAGGUGAAUCUUAUGGAUUUAAUACUGGAACUACCGAACCCAUCGUAAUGGCCGAUUUCAGAUUCCUUAUUUCAGAAUUAUUGUGAGAUUGUAAAGAUGCUUGUAUGGGCAAUUGCUAGAUAUAUCUAUUCGUUGAGAUGUAUCCUGUGUACAAAACUCGUGUAACGUCUUGAUAAAUGUCUUCUAGUUGCUUUAAACUAGUCACUUUUGGUGCUCCGUAGUUUUAGUGUUAAAAGUCAAAAAGAGUCCAUUCACCUAUAAGAAAAUGAACAUCUCCGUCUCGGGCUAAAGAAACUUUCGUUGUCUAUGAAAGAUCUGAUAUCUUCGAUAGUUUCCCAGGAGGUUGCGCGUGUAUGCAUUCAUCGAGCACCUUGCGUACGGAGGACAAACACAUCUACACACAGAUACAGCAGAAAUGGCUGGCCUAAGCGUAGUACAAACUUUUCAGAAAUGAAAAACAACAGAACUUGUUGUGUCGUCGACACCACCUCGUUGAUAGAUAGAUAGAUAGAUAACGAUCGUUUCGCGUUUCGAGCGAAGCGUCGCGAUCAUGAGUGUCUAGGAAAUCUCGACGGAGUACAAGCUUGUACGUUUUAUAGCGUUGUAUAAUUGAGUGUUCCAUACGUGUAAGUUAGUUUUAUAUACCGUAAAACAAGCGUACGUACGAUAUAGCGAACGAUUCUAAGCCUGGCGGAAUAUACGUAGAGCUUUCCUGCGAACGUAUCUCUCUUGUUUCGACGCAAUGCAAAACCGUUUCCCCCGAGUCAUUCUACCUGGAAGACCGCGACAAAAUCGUGUCGAUUUUGUGCUUCAUGGUGUCCCAUGGACAGUAGAGGCGUCGCGUUAAUUACGGACCAAUACGUAAGGCUUGAAACAUUCUCCUUGUCUCUGCGUACAUAUUGCGUUGGGUUUACAUCUACGUAAAAUAGGUAUUAUUAGGCAUUUAUAGGAAUAUACACGUAUACAAAUGUAUAAAAAGUAUGUAUAAAUAUAGACUUGUGUUAUAAUGUUAAUAUUAAAUUAUACAACAGAAACA